AUGGGAGAUUAUUAUCAGCAGGCCAUCUUGACUAUUUGUGCUACAUCAGGUUCCAGUGACCAGGGACUCUUUCCGGUGCUGACUGGCCAUGUACCGGAUAUUGCUCGACUUCGUUACCGGGACAAGAAGGGCAUACCUCAAGGAUUCUUCUACGUAUAUCCAUACGGAGAUCCAAGGUCGAAUCGGCAAACCGAAGAGGAAGCUAUUCGGGCCAGUGAGCUCUUCACUAGAGGAUGGGUUUUCCAGGAGUGGAUCCUGAGUCGUCGCCGAGUCUACUUUACUCCCGCAGGUAUGAUUUACGAUUGCGAAACGACCGGCCUAAGCAAUAAUCAUCGCGAAGUGUGGGGCUCUAAAAAGAAUUAUGGAGGGCGUAUCUUUGAACGGUAUUUCUCCGGACACCGCAUUGCGAUUGACUGGUGGUAUUGGCUACUUGAGUUAUACACAGAAAAGUCAUUGACUCAGCCAGAAAAGGAUCGCAUUGUAGCUCUCAAAGGAAUCGCCGAGGAGUUCAGAGAGCUGCUCAAGCGCAUACCAUCGGACAGUAGUGUGCUGAGAACGAUAGUCCCCACAGUCGCAUGCGGCCUGGAGUACCUUUCCGGACUCUGGGCCUACGAUCUCCAUCGUGGCCUUCUCUGGCAACGCGUGUCGUUCGCUGGCCGGCAUCAAAGGCUUCCAUUGUAUCCUUCUUGGUCUUGGACAGCUGUUGUUGGCCCUGUCGAAUGGCCCAGUAACCCAGCUGAGAAACGCGUGGGAGGGUUUCGCGCGAGGUUAUCUUCCACCUCAUCUGAAUCAACACUGGCCCUUCAUCCCCAAGCAAAGCUACUUGUUGCGAGGGUAGGGAACGGGGCGUCCCUCAUCCCAAAUGACGAUCUAGGGACCGCUGAUCGCUUUCAAACCGUCCCCAUAGAUGCAUUCGGCACUCUGAAUAAGUCUGCGACGCUGCAAUUAGCAGGGAAGUUGGUCAGAGUACUAAUUCGGGAAGAGUUCUCUGGGGAAAGGGAUCAUGAGAUUCUCUCGAAUAUAUGCGGAGAGAUCGCAGAUACCCAGUCAGCACGAACAUUUUGGAGGAAGGUGUGCACAACAUCAGUUCAUACGGAAGUCAUCGGCUGGGCAUCGAUAGAUGACCCGAGCUUCCAGGAGGAUUCGAUGUAUGGAAGUGGGCUGGAGAGCAAAGCGCUAGUCAUAGCGACGAGUGAGCACAAACGUGGGUACGGGUUAGGGUUCUACGGUCUCAACCGUAAUGGCAAUUACACAGUUUAUCAUGUUCUUUUCGUACGGGAAAUACCGGAAGAGCGUUUUGAAAGAAUAGGCGUUGGACAGAUAUUUGGGAAAGAGGUGGAGGAAGUCAUUCGUAAAGCAGGAUCUACGGAGGUCAACCUAGUAUAA